AUGUCCUCCCCUUCCUCCUCUCGUAAGCUGCCCAACAUCCUCAUCGUCGGCACGCCCGGGACGGGCAAGAGCACCACCGCGCAGUACGUCGUGCAGGGCGCGCCGUCGAUGCGGCACGUCGAGGUCGGCGCGCUCGUGAGGGAGAAGCAGCUGCACACGGGCUGGGACGCCGAGUACGAGUGCCACGUGCUCGACGAGGACCGGAUCCUCGACGAGCUGGAGGAGGGCAUGGAGGCCGGCGGCGUCAUCGUCGACUUCCACGGCGCGGACCUCUUCCCCGAGCGGUGGUUUGACCUCGUCGUUGUGCUUCGCACCGACAACAGCGUGCUCUACUCGCGGCUGCAGAGCAGGCGAGCAAACUACUCGCAGAAGAAGCUGACCGAGAAUGUGGAGGCCGAGAUCAUGCAGGUGAUCCUCGAUGAGGCGCGCGAGUCGUACGCGGAGGAGAUCGUGCUCGAGCUCUCCUCGGACACGCUCGAGGCGCUCGAGGCGAACGUGCAGCGGAUACUCCAGUUCAUCGCCGCCUUCAAACCCGCCGCGUGA